AACAAACAGGAGACGUGUAGACGUGGAGGCGGAGGGCUUUUUCUGCUUGAAGAAACUCGCGCCUAGCGCCUGUAAGCACUUUUUGACAUGCGCCAGGUUUUGUUCCGUUACUAACUUAACAAUGACAUGAGCCGUCUUAGCAGUUGUUUGUUGUCGCUGGCUGCACACGCGCAGUUGUGGCUCGCGUUUGUCUGACUAAAUGAGUAAUUUUUCGCUUCACUUCCUAUCAAAUGCAAUAAAAGGCUUUCAACUAAGGAUCACAGCAGAGUAGCGGGUGCAUGCAACUGUCGACGUGUCAAUUCUUAUGAAAAUAAUUCCUACCUGUUUUCUAAAAAAAAAAUCAUUUAAAAAAAGUAUCAGUUAUCAGCAAGCUACAAUCCCCUGGGUACUACUGGACUGAGCUGGACCACGCGUUUAGGUAUGUUGGAAAAAAAGAGCCGACAAUCAGCAAAAACUUGAACUUUACCUACACGAAGGGAAUUCGUUUAAUCCGACAGAUACUCAGUGAAAGGAAAAAGAAUAUAAGUUCGGCAGGUCAAUAACCAAUCAAUAACCGCAGUUGUUAAUUAAUUAGAUCAAUUUUGACAUAUUUUCCCACGGCUGGAGUUUUCUUUUAUAUAGGGAAGGAUCGUUAACGGGUCUAGAAGCCACUACAAUGCGUCUGAAUCCGACACCGCACAAUUGAUAACUGAGCUAUUAUAGGCCUUCUGUCACUACCUCCGACGUCUUGCAAGUGGAUAUUCAAUGUACGAUAGGUCUCGUAACAACGAAAUAGUUUGUGUACUGGAUUUUGUAAGUGAUUUUAGUGUUACCUUAUAAUAAUUGGUAUCUUUUACACAGAUUAUUACCCAGAUGAACACCGUAAUUGUGUGCGCCGUGGUGGUUGUGUUCUGUGCAACUGCGCAAUCCAGACCAUCAAAACUUGAAAAGGAAGGGCUAAGCGGAACAAACGAAGAAGUGUUCAUCAUGGACAACUCUCUGUUGAAAAGAGGCUGGUGCAAGACCAAACCUGUGAAACAGAUCAUCAGGAUCGAAGGUUGCGAACCUGCGGAAAUUGUUAACAACUUCUGCUACGGCCAAUGCAACUCUUUAUAUAUUCCGCACUACAAUAGACAAACACCCGCGUUUGAGUCUUGCGCGACGUGCAUUCCAGUACGCGUCCACCGAAGAUCGGUUUACCUCAACUGUCCAAAUGCAAAGCAAAAGCGCAAGCGGCACAGAUACACAUACGUCAAGCGUUGCAGGUGUGUAACAUUUCGUUUGCGUGCUGCUGGCGUGGCGAAGUGAUGACGAGUUUGUAAAAAAGCGUGAUUAGAAAACGCAAAAGGAACGCGAAGGAAGAUGGUAUGAGAUAAGAUGCAGACUGUAUGGGAUGUGUGGUCAUGCGGCUCCAUGCAACGACACUCCUCGUCUCUAGAAUUAAACCCUAAAAACAGAACAAACUUACCAUUAUACCAGCAACAGCUAGAAGAGGAACGAUAGUAAUAAUCCGCAACAGGAAAGAGAGUAUAUUGCUUCAUUCAAAUAAUAAAACUGAUAGACAUUGAUAGGAGAUGGAAAAUUAGAUGUUUGCCGCUAAGACAGUUAGUCGCCAAAGUAUUUAUCGGGCCUAUAUGACGCGCGCACGAACAUUCACGCAAGAAAAGAUUUGAUCAACAGAUGAUCAUAUUGAUUCUGAAUUCAUCCAAUAUACAUACGUAAAAUAGCCUGAUUUAGAUUACAUUAUAAUCGGGCCAGCUUUUUUCUUCUUAGCAUUCUAGAGGGUUUGCCAGUUAUAAGCACUAUGCUGACUAUAUAACUUCUAACAUGAAUAUUUUCGCGCACUUUUUCUGCGUACCUCUUUGAACACACUCAUUUUUGCGCACUUAAAACAUAACUGGCGAAAAUAAAGCAACACAUUUUUUAUCAAGCGUUUCAGUAUACCACACAAAUAUUAUUCAUCUAAUGCGAUCUAUUUAAUGGAAAUUCUUUUUUAUUUUCAUAUUCUUAUUGUUAAGAAUUACAAAUAAAUGUGUUCAUAAAAAUGGAUUUUACUAAA